AGUAACCAAAACCGGAAGUAAUAAUUCCAAACAGGAAGUAGUCACACGUGUAAUGGUAGCGCCCAUGGCAGCAGUUGGCUGCGGCUAGAUGAUGCAUUGAAAGCAAGAUGCCGAGCAAUUUUCAGAAAGCAUUACAAAAGCAAGCUUAUGACAUUGUUUCCCACAGAUAUGGAUUGCUUAUUGUCAUUGGUGCCAUAGCUCUUGUCACAAUAUCUGCAUUCCAUUUUGGAGAGACAGUUUUGGAAUGGAGUGAAGAAAAGUAUGCAGCUGUUUUCAACUCCUACAGUGAUAAUUUGGCUGGAAAGUCCUUUAGAGAAAGGUUGUGCUUGCCAGUGCCCAUAGAUGUUGUCUAUACCUGGGUGAAUGGAUCUGACCCCAAACUCAUCAACCAGCUCCGCAAGGUCAAACUGGACAUGGAGGAGGAACUAAACAUCACAAGAUUAACAGCAAAGACUGAAAAUGGAGAAGAAAAAUGUACCUUCACCAACUGCCUAAAGACCAACAUGGUCAUUCUGGAACCACCACUGCCGAAGGAGAUGACUCUGGAAGAACUAUCCAGGAUAUGCUCAACAUUCAAGCAUGCCCAGAAGCUGUUUCCUGUGACAUCUAAUACUGAGGAUAAAUUGAACUUCAGUGUUGUUGCUUUUCCAGAUACCUUUAACAUGUCAACCCUCCAAAGCGAGGACUUAGUUGUAAAUGAACUGAACGUGACAAUUAGGAGUGGAUACAUUACGACAGACUGGACUGUUCCCAACAGUAUACUGAUGUCAGACGUGAUUAUCAUGGCAGGAAUACCAUCUAAGUACAGUCUGGAAGAGCUGAAGGAUAAACUGCCAAACAAUGUCAAAAAUGGUGUGGACAAGAUGGAGUUACACAGUGAAGAAGGCCUGGUGGUGAUGUAUGUUCCACAACAUGAUGAUUUCAACAGAAUCCUAGCUGCCAAUAAUUUUUCGUUUGAUGGCAAGGAGCCAACACUGAAUGCUGCCAAUCUAUUCUGGGACCUAAGAGAUUUCCGGAGAAAUGAGGAUGUAUCUGCCAGUCGCUUUGAGGACAACGAAGAACUGAGAUAUUCACUGCGAUCCAUUGACAGAUUUGCUCCUUGGGUCCGACACAUUUAUAUCAUUACUAACGGACAAAUCCCCUAUUGGCUCAACAUGGAACAUCCCAGAGUCACCGUGGUUACACACGAGGAUUUGUUCCCUAAUAAGACUCACCUGCCGACCUUUAGCUCACCGGCUAUAGAGGCCCAUGUCCAUCGGAUUCCUGGACUGUCCAAACGCUUCAUCUACCUUAAUGAUGAUGUCAUGUUUGGGAAAGAGGUGUGGCCUGAUGACUUCUACACCUUCAGUGGGGGUCAAAAGGUGUAUUUGACUUGGCCUGUUCCAAACUGUCAAGAUGGCUGCCCGACAACUUGGAUCAAAGAUGGCUACUGUGACAAGGCGUGUAACAACUCUGAAUGUGAAUGGGAUGGUGGAGACUGCACAGGUGACCAUGUAAAUCAAGCUGCUCACUGGCAGGGAGGAGUGUGGCAAGGUGAUGCUGGGGCAGACUAUUGCUAUCAAGGCUGUCCAAAUUCCUGGCUGGCAGAUCGCUACUGUGAUACAACCUGUAAUAAACUGGAGUGCGGGUUUGACACAGGGGAUUGUGGGAUAGAUAACUACAAUCAACUGUAUCGAGUUGACCUUCUCCCAACAUUAACCAAUUACACAAUCCCUAAAGGUGAAACCGUCAUCUACUUCAACCUGACUACCUUGGUUGGUUUGAAGGGGUUGAUUGAUCAUGCAAGUUACAACCAGUCCAGUGUCAUAAGAACCGCUGCUGUUGGCAACAAAUUUAGAGUCAUGACCCUUGUUCUACAUCCAAACCAUAACCAGACUUUAGUGACCUUCACCUUACAAGGUCACAAGGGGAACACCAAUGACACGGUGAAGCUUACUUUUAACGUGACUGUUGAAACCCAUCCAGUGAAUAAGAAAGCAGAAGUCAGUGUUAAUGAAACUCUUGAGAUUACAAAAGCAAACAAGACUGAAGGAAACAUCACACAGACCAAGAAAGAGGUCAAGGAAAUCAAGCUAGAAGAUAUUCCUAAGGACUUGUGGAAUCCAAAAGCUAUGGCUCCAGUAAAACAACUGUCGGAUCUUCCACCUCAUGUGAACUUAUCAGCGGUUGAACUUCCAGAGCCUUUGGCAGUAGAACUGAACAACUCCAGGCAACAGUUGAUGGAUGGUGAAAUAACACAAAAAGGAUUUAUAAUUCAACAACAGUUCAUCUGGCAAAAAUUCCAAAUUCUACAUGGACAGAAUCCAGAAGAAAAAAACGACAUUCAGAAAAAUCCUGUUGUCCUAGGAUCAAAUAGCAAAAUGGGACAACGAAGAUUACUUGGUCUCGCUAGAUCUUCUGUUGUCAUGGAAAUGGAUCAAAAUGGCUACCUUAUUGAAUUGGAUGAUGGAAAUAUUGAGAAGGAGCAUUUGAGAAACAUUAUCAUUAACGAUAGACCCUUUGCUUCAGAGAGUAAUCUUCCUUGGGAAAAAGAUGGAGUCUUUAACAAAAUUCAUGAGGAGAAAGAGAAGCUGGAACGAUCACAACAAUUCACCAUCUCCCCCAGACGAGGACGUCGCCUCCUGGACACAUUUGGCGACUCCCUACGCCAUGUCAAUAAGCUGUUUAAUAAGGCGUUUGGGUACUCAGCGAGGAAAGUUCCUGGACAUAUGCCCCACAUGAUGGACAAGGAUAUCAUGAAUGAACUACAGGACAUGUUUCCUGAGGAGUGGGCCGUCACAUCGUCACACAAGAUCCGUAGUUCCGACGACAUGCAGUUUGCUUUCUCCUAUUAUUACUACCUGAUGGGCGUCACAACGAAUGUCACCAUCGCACAGGUCUUUGAUGAAAUGGACACAGAUAAAUCUAGGGUUUUGUCGGACAGGGAGAUCCGCACACUAGCCACCAGGCUGUUUGACCUGCCUCUGAAUCUUCCUAUGCUAGUGAAGAUUGAGGACAUGAUGAGGAACUGUUCCACACACCUACCAGAAGAGGUCAUCAGGGAGUAUCCCCCGGUCCCCAAGGAGACCUACUAUGAGGAAGGAAUGCCUCAAGUGACUAGAAACUUGUUCACACAUUGUGAACCAAUGAUAGAGCUUGUUCACAAAAACUUCAAACCAGUGAACAAGUACAGUUUUACAAUAAUGGAUGAUGCAGAAAUUGCAUUUAAGAUGAUAAAAAGUAAUAUUUCCACGGUGGUUGGACAACUAGACGAUAUUCGUAAACACCCAAAAAAAUUCAUUUGUUUAAAUGACAAUAUAGAGCAUAAUAAGGAGGAUGCUCAAACAGUUAAAGCUAUUCUCCAGGACUUUUAUGAAGCAGUAUUCCCGAUUCCGUCACAGUUUGAACUUCCAAGGGAAUAUAGGAACCGUUUUCUACAUGCAGAUGAUCUAAGGGAAUGGAGGAAAUACCGGGACUGGCUUAAGUUUUGGACACACCUGGCCUUAGCUGUACUGGUCAUCUUUACUGUGGCUUCCUUUUUUGCAGACAAGAUUGAGGCUGCUCAGAAAAGAUUAUUUCGUCGACGUCCAAAAUCAACUUCAUCAUCAGCAGAAAAUGAGACAAGCGAGACUUCAAGCGGAUCGGGCGGCGGAGUGGAGACCGUUUGACGGUUACUGCUCUGGAUAAUCACACCUGACGUCAUUAUGGCUAUCCUCAUCUUCAUUCUGUUUGUUGUUGUAUUUCUAAUGGUCAGUGAAUCGUACAAAUUCUGAAUUUAUUUUCAUGGGCAUUCAAUUUUGAAUUAGAAAUAUCUUUCAUAGCAACCCUUUUUGGGAAAAAGAAAUUUUAAGCAUAAGCAUAAGUAAGCAUACCUCCUGGAGUAUCGAGGAUGAUUAUAAGAUAGCAUUGGUUGAUGAAGAUUGGAAAGUGACUUGUAAAAUCUUCAAAAGACAUUAUUUCUACAAGAAUGCCCAGUAUUAUAAUUUGUGUGAUAACUACAAGUCAUACAUACCAUCUGACCAUUUAGGAGGUUAUUAUUUCUACAAGAUAGACCAUGAUGUCUCGUGUGAUUAUUCAGAGCUGUACAUUAUCAUUUAACUGUUUAAUAGAAGAUGAACCAUUCCUACAGGAUAGACCAAUAUGUGGUGUGUGAUUAUUCAGAGCCGAACAUUAUUAUUUUAUUGUUUACAAUAACCUGCAUUAAAUUCCUUCGUUACAUAUAUACUCAGUAGUGCAUGGAUAUGAAAGAUUCUCGUUUACAAAAACAAUGCUUGGGUUUCCAAAGUUGAAGUCUUGAUAUUUGGAUUUUCUAUAAAAAUUCUGGAAAAUUAGGUUCCCAAAUUGAAUGUCUGGGCACAUGCAUUUCUGGAAAAAACUCAAGAAAUUUGGAUUUCAGAAGACUGAACUUUUGGGUUUUCUUUAUAAAAUCUUGACAUUUUGAUUUUCAAAUAAAAGUCUGGAAACUUGCAAAAUUAAAGUUUAGAUACUUGAGAUUCAUGAAUAAAAAAAUGUCUGGACAAAAAACAAAAUUCCUGGACACUCUAAUUUCCAAAAACAAAAGGUCUGGAAUGAACAUAGCAGAUUUAUCACCAUAGAAAUAUUGAUAAAAGUAAUUAUGAUGUAGUCCCAAGAUUUUCAUACCCAAGAUGAGCGAGGUUACAGUGUCAUGAUUCUGAUCAUAAUAUAAGGUAUUUAUUUUCCAAUAAGCCCAGUAGGCUAACGUUGUGCAAUCUAUAACUUAAAUCAUUCACCCCAGAAGACACAUCUGAACUCUACCAAUUAAAAGGUUGGAAUAAUUCAUUAUGAAAUUUCAGGGGUGAAUGAGUUAAAGUAAGCAGUGGGAUUAUUACAGGACAAUGAAUUAGCAUUUGUUGGUAUUUCUUCUGAACUACAAUAGAUAUGGGUAGUGGGCUUAUUACCAGGCAUGGGCUUAUUACUGGAUAAAUACAGUAUACCAUGUAGUUAGUGCUGUCGGAACAGUACUACUUACAUAUGUACUUCUUAUACUUUUUGUCCUCAUUGUCUCGCAUUUUAUAUUUAGUACUGUUGAGCUUGAUUUUGGAGGAGUGGGUGAGGUACAUAAAUGUACUACAUGUAUAUAUAAGUUAUUCAUAAACAUAAACUAUAAAAAUGCUUUUAUUUGAAGAUUCAUAAUACCAUGAACUGUCAAAAGUGUUCUAGCUAUGCACAAAUUGAUUUAGUUAUCCAUAACAUGCAGAAAAUUAGUGGUGGUUUUUUUAUCUAUUUUAUAUUUGUAAUAACAGUAUCAUAAUAUAAUGCUUUUCGAUUUAAAAAAAAAUUGAUUACUGCUAAAAUGGGUAUGUUUACAGUUCUAGGGAAAAUAGCGUUUGGUUACAUCUGGAUGGUGAGUUUUUUCGUUCUUUUUAAGAUAUAGAUAAAUGUUAAUGAAAUUGACAUUGUUUAGAUUACUGGUAGCAGGGAAUUGAAUGUUAUAUGUAAAUGGAAGUCUGUGAACAUGUGCUUAACUGUGUACAAGUGUUGAUGUUGAAAGUAAUUAUGCAUGUUUGUGUACAAAUUCUAUGAACAAAAUGUGUUAUGCCAUGUAAAUGAACUUGAAAAAGUAUUUGUGAUGUGAGUCUAUGAACAAAUGCAAGUGUUAAAGUGUGUAUAAGAUUAUAAUUGUUUUUAUCAUAUUUUAUUUUGUAUAUAUCAUAGGUGUCAACCUCUGAGAUCUCCCUCAUUC